AUGCAAUAUUUUUUUCUUUCUUUACAAUUUAUCCUUUUUAUAAUUACCUUUUUUUCCUUCCUUAUCUUUUCUGAUUUCUCUUAUGUAAAUUCUUUUUCUUUUUUUUUCUUUCUAUACGAUCUUUUUCGUUUUCUAUUCUCUUCCCGCUUUACUGCGAUUGUAACUUCCGAUUCGUUUUGUCUUGAUCGUAGUGGCCAGGCGUCUCUCCCUCUUUAUCCCCUUCUUUUUUUUUAUCUCUUAUUCUUCUGUUUUCUCAAUUCCAUUCCUGUUUUGCUCUUCAAUAUUCUUUUUUCUGUCUUUAUCAUUGCCAUCUUUCCCGUUAUUUUUGCUCUUCUCUAUUCUUUUUCUGUCUUUCAUCCAUUGUUUCCGAAUUUAGUUCCUUUCUUUCCCUAUUUUGUUCCUUUCUUUCUUUCUCUAUUUUGUUCCUUUCUUUCUUUCUCUAUUUUGUUCCUUUCUUUCUUUCUUUCCCUAUUUUGUUCCUUUCUUUCUUUCUUUCUUUCUUUCUUUCCAUCUUUCUUUCUUUUCUUGCCUUAUUUCUUUCUUUCAUUUUAUAUUUUUCUAAUUUUAUUUUCCUUCCUUCAUUUAUAUUAUUAUAUUUUCUUUCCUUGCUUCCUUCUUUGGUUCUUUUUUUUUUCAUUUGUCUUUCUUUUGUUUAUAUCAUUCUCUUCUAUUUUUAAUUCUUUGUUUUUAUCCUUUAAUUAUUGUGAUAUACAUUACUCCAUCGUUAGCUUUCAUAUUAUUUCCUUUUGUUUUUUAACCUGUAUUUCCUCUUUUAUAUCAUUUUCUUUCUUUCUUUCCUAUUUUUCGAGACUUCGUUCUUUUAUUCCUUCGUUCUUUCCUUCUACCAUUUCUUCCUCUGGAAAGACGCUUCGUAAAUACUUACCGUUAUAUUAA